CAUGCACACAUUUCAAUUUUUAUAGAAACAAUGUGAAAAUUUUGUAACAUAAACAUGGCAAAACUUGGUGUAUAUUACGGUUUAUGCCCGUUAAUUGAUCAAAAAAGUUUGUUAGGAGUUGUAGAAGAUGAAACAGAAGGUUUCGUGAUUGUGACAUUGGGCAAAAAUAUGGCAAUUAAAUAUAAGCUUUCAGAUCAAAAGCAAAUACAUAGUUGGAGUACAAAGGAUCAUUUAACAUCGCAAAUUGUGUACGAUAAAAGUUUUAAUCAAUAUGUUGCUGUAUUUGAUUAUACGUUCAUCCGUAUAUUUGGUAGCGAUUGCGAAAAUUUGGAUCGAAUCAAAAAGUAUAAGUUUCAUACCCCGAUACAUUCUUUAAUUUCCAUGAAAAAUGGAACAACUUUAGUCUUCUUUAAGAAUGGAACUGUAUCAGCAUUACAACAUGCGUUAGAUAAUCGUAAAGUUGAAUCACCUAAUCCGAUUUUAGAAAAUAAUGAUGUUAUUGAAAGUUAUGAUACAUUUACAUUUGAUGAACGUUUUGUUAUCAGUUUACUGGUGAAAUGUGAAAACGGAAAUUAUAAAUUUGUGAUUAUACAUGUAACAGCGGAUAAUAAACAUGAAGACACUGAUAAUAUAACAAUAAUAAAAUUUAAAAAUUUAUCAUCUUCAUUAAUUGGUCAUUUGUUAAUUAGUAAAGAUGAUUGUCUUAAUUUGGUUACAUUAUGGUCAGAUGGUAAAUUACAUGUAAUGCCGUUAAACACAAAUCACGAUUUUCCAGGACCAUUAUUAUCCAUUGUUGAAUCAUUAAGUUGUAAAAACAAAGUAUGCAUGUUAGUAUUAAGUUCAACGUACAUUGCUCUUUAUGGUGCUGAUAAAAAUGAAGAAGGCGCCAGUUUAGUCGUCUACAACAUACAAUUUAAAGUAACCCAGUGCAAACAAGCCUUUAAAUUAUAUACAGUGGGUUCAAAAAUGUAUUUAAUACGUGACAAUAUAUUACUGACAGUCGGUAAUCAUUUAGCAGUUUUACCCUAUCAACUGGCUACCGAACAAUUGGCAGCAUUAGUUGGUAGCCAUCGACAAACAACCAAUGACGAUGUAUUAAUUUUAACAGAAAACGUUGAUUGGGGUGAGAAAGAAACUAAGGAAUCGAAACAUGUUAAAAAUAUACCCAAAUCAAUUAAAAAAUCAAUUGAAAAUUUUCAAAAUGAAGGAUAUCCAGAACGAUUAAUAUGUGCGGAAAUAAUUCCAAAAAUGAUUGAAAAAAAAAAUAUUACCAAUUUAUUAGAUUCAUUAAAAUAUUUUAACGAAGUACCCGAAUCAUUAAUUGUCGAUUUAGUUAUAUUUGUUUUAAAUUCGGAUGAACAAAUUUUCGGUACUAGUAAAAAGGUAGAAAUCGAGGAUUGCCCAAUUCAACCAUUAAAACGUUGUCACAUAUUAAAUAGAGUUAUUUCUUUGCCGUAUAAUGAUAUGUUAAUAAUGCCAUAUUUACGAGACAAGCUACAAGUAUCGGAUUCGUUAAAAUUGUUAAAAUAUAUUUGUAUUUUAUUAAACGAUAACGUAUUAACAUUAAAUGAAGAAAAAAAUCAAAUUGAAUCUGAAAUCAAGAUUAUUGAAUGGGGUUCACUUUUAUUGGACGCACAUUAUCAAAAAUUACAACUUUCAAAAGAUCCAAAUAUUCUGAAAGUAUUAAAAUUAUUUUAUAAUUUAGUUGAUACACAUAUUGCAUGUAUUAAUGAAAAUAAAUUAACGGCUACCGUUUUAGAUUUAAUUAGACGCGGUAAAAGUUAUAAUAAGAGUAAACAGAUUGUAUCGAAAUGGUAUUCGAUUGAACAAAUGUCGUUAUAUUAAUAUUUUAAGGAAUAAAUAAAUUUUAUUCGAUUAUUUGA